GUUAUGCUUGACAGCGAAAGUAUCCUUUAAUAUUCAGAAAACUGUAUAGAAACACUGAACAACCGUGAUUAACUCCAAAUUUAUACUUUCUUGAAAUUAGCAUUUGUUUAAAUAUGGAAAACCAAGCAGAUCCUAUGUUGUCAAAGAAAAUCGAUCCUGUUCAGAGAACACCAGUAAUAACCCAACAGCCUGAAUCAUUUCCCAUCUUACAAAAUCACCCCACAGAAGUGACAUGCCCAUUCUGUAAAGCAGAUGUUAAAACGACUGUCAAAUAUAGUAAUGGCAUGAUAACUUAUGUAGCGUGUGCAGGUUUAUGCCUCUUAGGGUGCUGUUGUGGGUGUUGUCUAAUUCCAUUUUGCAUCAACGCAUUGAAAGACGUGGAUCAUAAAUGUCCAAAUUGUCAUAAAUAUAUUGGAAAAUAUCGAACAUUUCAAGAGAAGUUUUUUAAAUGA